UAUCUAUCGUGAUCUUGGUUUUUGCUGUGGUUUGCGUUCAUAUUGCAAACGAAUGUUUUAAUGUAAUAUUUAUUUAGUUUAGUGUUCAUAUGCUUAAAAAUGUGUGGAUAAUGUAAAAACUAUUUUAUAUCUUGAGUUUGGUACAUUCCAAGUCCAUCGCUUGUUUUGCGAUGGACGUACCAGAUGAAGGAGUCUUAGAUGUAGAUUUGUUAGGUGAUGAUGGAUCCGAAGAAGAAUGCGAAGCCCCUCCGUCCGCAGAAUUUUAUGCAGGUCCUGCGUCAACACCAACAUCUUGUGCCUCAUCUCCACGGGGAGAAGAACCAGCUUCUCCCCAUGCAGUUUUAUCCCAACCAGCAUUUUUUCACCAGCAGCCUUACACUAGGCCAUUUUUCACAUCUGGAAGAAGAGGGCCCGGUAGACCUAGAAAAGAGGGGGCUAAGUUAGCACGAGAAGGAAAAAUUGUCAGGAGAUAUAGAGGAAAUCCAGGCUCAUUGAGAGGUGCAAAGCGUCAUAGAGGCAGUAGAGAUGAAGCUUUGGAUGAUGUAAUAGAUGAGGAUGACUUUACUAUGCCAGCACCAGAAGAACCACCUUAUACUCCUGAGAAAUGGCCAGGGAAAGUGUGCGCACUAUGUAACCUUAGUGAACGCAGCCAGCUGGGGCAGGGGGAAAUGAGGCAGUUUGCUUGCAAUAUGGAAGGAGAAGGUGGCAGCACACCAGCUACCAACUCCGCAAGCACCACACCAGGCAAUGUUACACCGGCUAGCGGGACCCCAUCUACCCCGACACAAUUGCUGGCUGGACUAACCUCACCACCCCCCGAGUUGGUUGACCCCAGUCAACAACAAAUUGCAUUACCACUGAGUAGAAGACAAAAAGCUUUCAGUAAAUGCAAAACACCUCUAUACAACAUAGAGCACACAGAUGAGCUGUCUAUAAUUGGUCACAUAGAGCCUUUAGAGUUGUCAGCGCUGGUAUCAUCAGAUUUUUUUUAUGUUCACCGAUGUUGCCUUGAGUUUAGUCCACCUUUUCAAGAUCAAGUUGCUAGUACAUCAGAAUCUGAAGAACAAAAGGAGGAAUUAGAGGAAGCUAGAGUCAAAGGAAUUGUUACCUCGGCUCUAUAUAGAAAAUGUGGUUUUUGUCAGAAGCAUGGAGCAAGUAUUCCUUGCAAGAUGAGCUGCAGUAAAUAUUUUCAUUUCCCAUGUGUUCUUGCUUCUGGUGGUCUACUGGACUUUUUAACUAAAUCGGCAUUUUGCAAAGAUCACCUAUACCAAGCUCCAUUGAUAAGUCCUGCUGACAUACAGUGUAGAACAUGUCACACAAUCGGUGACAUUCCAAAUCUUAUGACAUGUGUAACCUGCGGUGGACAUUUCCAUGGGACAUGUGUGGGACUGGCACAAUUGCCUGGUGUCCGUGCGGGGUGGGCGUGUCGGUCGUGCCGCGUGUGUCAGGUGUGUCGCGGGGAGGGCGGGGCGCACGACUCGCGCGCCGUGUCCUGCGACCACUGCGACAAGCUCUACCACGCCGUCUGUCUGAGACCCGUCAUGACCACAGUGCCCAAGUACGGCUGGAAAUGUAAGUGCUGCCGCGUGUGCUCGGACUGCGGCGCGCGGUCGCCGGGCGCGGGCCCGUCGUCGCGGUGGCAUGCUCACUACACAGUGUGCGACUCGUGCUACCAGCAGCGCAACAAGGGCUCGUGCUGCCCGCUGUGCCGCCGCGCCUACCGCGCCGCAGCCUACCGCGAUAUGAUAAGAUGCGCCACGUGCCGCAGGUAUGUGCACGGUACAUGCGACCCAGAAGCUGAUCCUCAACAAUACAGACAAAAGAAGGAACAAAAUCCAUCAUACGAGUACACAUGCUUAAUAUGCAAGUCACAAAAUCUUCAGGCACCUGUUUCUAAAUCAUCAUCAUUUGAAGAUGACAACUUGGCAUCAACAUCACAAGAUUCAUCAUUUGGCGACGAAAGUUCUCAAGAACAAGAUCCACUUGCCAUUGAACCAAAGCCUGACAUAGGUCUCGGGAAGGGAAAGCCAUUUACAGUUUCGUCUAAAGUGGCCAAGAAAAAGAUGAGUAGCUACAAAAUGAAAGGUGGAUUCCCGGCUGCUGGAAAGUUCGGUUUUCCCAAACGUCAGCGAGGAUCAUUGUUGGAUAUUGGCAGGAAACGUGGCACAAAGCCGAAAAUGCGGGGUGUGUUUGGAGUACCAGGCCUGGGCUUGCAGAGACCUCAAGCUCCUGAUAACAAAACUGCUGAGGAUGAUCCAGGAGUGGAAAAUAAGCUUGUGCUGUGUUCAAGCAAAGAUAAAUUUGUGCUGACGCAAGAUCUAUGUGUGAUGUGCGGCGCUAUAGGAACUGACUCAGAGGGCUGCUUGAUCGCGUGCUCCCAAUGUGGUCAAACAUAUCACCCUUACUGUGUUAAUAUUAAAGUGUCACAAGUGAUAGUGGAGCUGGGCUGGCGGUGCCUGGACUGCACGGUGUGCGAGGGGUGUGGCGCGCGGGGCGACGAGCCGCUACUAGUGCUGUGCGACGACUGCGACACGGCUUGGCACACGUACUGCGCGCGCCCCACGCUGCCCGAGGUACCGCGCGGCGCGUGGCGCUGCAACCGCUGCCGGCGCUGCCUCGUCUGCGGCACGCGGGAUACGCAGCUUUGGUGUGAGGACUACACCGAAUGCGCGCCGUGUGCGUCGUUCGUAUCCUGCUGCGUGUGUUCGGAGCCUUACUCUGACGGCGAGCUAAUCAUCCAAUGUACGACGUGCUCGCGCUGGCUCCACGGAGCCUGCGACUCCAUACGCACAGAACAAGACGCCGAGACCUGCUGUCGAGCUGGGUACAAGUGUGUGAUAUGUCGUGGUCGGGACGUGCCGCCGGCGCACGUGCGGUCGUCGUCGCCGGGGGUGGGGCGGGGCGGAGCGCGGCUGACGGCGCACGCGCUCGGUCUGGCCGGCGAGUACUACGUCGACGACGUGUGUUUGUCCCAGCGCGGCGCUCACCACGUCAAACAGCUUGAAGCAGACCUGGGCAUCACGCACACGCGCCGCAAGAGACGCUUCAAGAACGACAACAACGAGAAGGAUGCUGAAAUAAUGGCAUCUAUUGAAACAGUGGUUCAGAACGCAGAAGAAGGGGGAGAUGACACCAAACCUGACAGUACAGCCGAAGUCAAGGAGGAACCAGGUUUGCCUGGCAAUGCGAAUCUGAAAGAGGGUAUACUUUGGAAUGUGGCCAAUGAUGGCCCCGUGCCAGAAGGAUUCACCAUCUAUACAACCGAUUCAGGCCUCACGGUACUGAGGCGGAAGCGGCAAAGGAAUUUAAAUAAACUCGGAAUAGGAGGGUUCGUUGUGCGACAGAGACAAACUACACUAAAAGCACAAGCCGAUGAGGAAAAUCUAGAUGGAGUGCAGGGAGCUUCAGAUUCUCCUAGUAACAAGCGAAAGCCUCGCCGCAAACCGCGUUCUAAGUUAAUGGAACAAUUCCCGCCGUACAUGCAAGAGGCCUUCUUUGGUAAAGAAUUGCUGGAGCCUACAAAACCGGCUAGCUCCUCAGGUGCGGCCUCUGCGAGCCCGGGCGCGCGUUCCCCGGAGUGGCGGGAACGCGACACGCGAGCCGAGUGGCGCGACCGCGAUGACAACUCCGACAGCGACGGCGACGACGUGCUCGCCGCCCUGCACACGUACGCGCGACACGACAACUCCGUGUACAUCACACUCACACAGGAGGAGUCUGACUUCCUUAAAACACUCAAGCCGAAAGAAGAAAAAGAAGAAGGGAACCUAAGUGGUGUGGAUACUAAGAUAAAGUUAGAAUUUCCUGAGGAAAGCCAACUAAAGCAUACCGAAGACUCCACGGCUCUAAAGAACGCCAUACUCGGUCCACAGCCCAGUGAACAAGACGCACCUCCUGAUAUUAAGCACUUCAAGUCUGAAACUAUAAGCGAGGCAGGUGGGUCGUCGCAGGCGUCUACCAUUUCGCCGAAGGACGAUCUCUCGCUGUUGGGCGUGAACUUGGACGCGAUGGUCCGCGACACGCUCCCCGAUAUGGACAGCAAUGACGUCGAUGAGAUAUUCAAAGGCGUUCUCACUGAUGAUUCGCAGGAAUCUCAGGAAUCUUCAGUCUCGUAUGUCAACACAAUGCCGAACUCUCAGUAUUCUCAACAACGCCAGCAACUGCAAAGCCCCUUGGAAUAUCCUAAUCAGUAUCAAAAUGAAUUCAACAGCAAUAACAGCGCCGGCAGUAGUGUGAGCGGCGCCGGCGGUAGUGCGCUCAGCCCGCUGUACGGCGAAGGCUGGAGCGAGCAGCCCGCGCAGCCGCCCACAUACAACCAGCGCAGCGCCGACAAGAUGCGAGCGGACGAGAGCUUAGGGUCGGCGGCGACAAUAUCGGCCGUGUUGUACGCGAACACCAACCAUCCCGAGUGGAAAACAGAGUUUCCUAAUUGGGUGGACAGGUGCAAGCAGAUUCUGAAGAAAUGGCGCGCGCUGCCGUCGGAACAAAAGGCGCCGUACUUGCAGCGCGCCCGCGACAACCGCAGUGCGAUGCGCAUGAAGCGAGCGCAACAGGAUCAGGAGAGAGCGUGCAAUCAACAUAGAAAUGCACGGGAAGCGGAGCAGGAACGACAGUGGAAACAGUUGCAACAAAUGCGCCAGCAACAAACACAACAACAGCAACAGAUUAUACACGACCAGAGAAUGCAAGCAGCCAUGCAGCGUCUGCGCGGGGCGGAGACAAGUCCGCCGGGCGUAGUGGGGGUGGUGGGCGUGGCGGGCGGCGGAGGCGUGCCAGCGGCCGCUGGCGAGCGCGCGCCGUUCACCCCGCAGCGGUUCCCCAUGUACGGCGACGACAUCAACCGCCAGCUGCGCGACCUGUUGCAGCGACAAACUGACAAAAUGUGGCCACCGCAGGGUGGUGCGGACGACGGAUCCGGAGGCGGGGCGGUUGGUGUGGAAGGGCCGCCUUUCCGUCCGCCGCUGCCCGUGCAGCAGCGCCCGCGCGCGCCGCAGCCUGCGCUGCUACAGCGAGAUCACACAAUCAUACAACAACGUCUUGUCGCAGCGGAUGGAACGCUCCUACAACAGAACAUUGCAAACGCGUCCAACGCUCAAGCCAUGGAACAAAAGCCAAAUAUUAUGACACAAGGAAACGCUUCAAUGGGUGACCAUAAGCCAGAGACCGGAGGCGAUCAAGGUACUGACGAAAUGGACAUCGGAGACAUGGAUAAGCUUGAACAGGACACGGGAAAUAUUGGCGAGGUGGACAUCCUGACGGGUCUCGGCGGCGAGGACGACGAAGAGCUGCUGGAGUCGCUGACGGCGGAGAUGGGCGAGCAGUUCAACAUACUGGAGUACGCGGACCCCGAGCUCGCCGCGCUCAACGACGCCGAGACCCUGCUCGACGGCCUCGAGCUGGCCAUCGACGUGCCCGAGCGACACGCCAAGCGCACGCCCGAGGACGAAGCAGAUCAAAGGACGGACGACAAGAUGGACAGUGAACUGCAAAAAGCAGUGAAAAACAUCGAGUCUAUAAAAUCUGAAGUAAAAUCUGAAAAUAACGGAAGCAAACCUGAAUCACAGGACGGGAAAUCUGAAGCUCCCUCUACGGCGGCGAACCGCAUUUUCUCAGACUCCCAGAGGAUGUCGACGAACCAACAGAUUACGUUGCAGUCCGCAUUGCAAGCUAUCAAAGCCGAAGUUAAACCUGAGGGCGAUGACACCAAGCAGGACAACGAAUGGCAACGUCCCAUGUCACAAAUGUUUAAUUUGCAGUUACAAGCACAGCAAUCUCAGCAAGUGCAGCACCCGCAGCAGAUGCAACAAGCGCAGCAGCAGCAGGGCGCUCGCGCCAUGUUGCAGCGCCCCCAAUUGCAGUUCGCAGGACAUCACGUCAACUUCACACAUAGUGCUGGUGGAGUUACCGCCACAGGAGGUGUGAGGCAACUGCCGCCCGAGACCAUUGCACUUUUACGCCAACAGAGAGAGCGCGUACUGGCGGCGAAUGCUGGUGGUGCGGCGAACGCGGCGGGAGUAUCAAGCGUGGCGGGCGCUGUGCGAGCGCCGCCGCCACCGCCGCCGUACCCGGGCCUGCGCGCGCCGCCGCCGCCGCCAUACCCACAAUUACAGAACGUAAACCAGGAGCAACCGUUGCUUCUGGAGGAGCUGUUGGAGCAGGAGAAGCGCGAGCAGGAGCGCGACGGCGGUGAGUGGGGCGGGGCAGGGGGCGGGGCGCCGCCGCCGCCCGCGCACCCCGCGCCCCCCGCCGUGCCCCUGUACGCCGGUGCACCGCCGCCCGCGCCGCCCCCGCCCGCCGACGGCGACCAGCACGCCCGCCUCGUGUACGAGCAGUGGCUCAAGCAGUACAACGCAUUCGCCUCCGACCAGUUGCGCUACUACGAGCAAGAAGUACAAAAACUACGCAAGAUACGCAAGUCGCUGAAUAGCAAGCAGCGGCAGUUGAGAAAGUCGGGCAACGAGCUGAUGCCCAACGACGCCGCCGAGUUGCAGCGUGUGUCGACGGAGCAGCAGGCGCUGCAAAAACAUCUGGAGGCGUCAAGAAAACAAGCACGUCAGCACAGCAUGCUGAUACAGGAGUAUGAAACAAAGCAACGUCAGCAAAAUCCACAACUUGUACAACAAAGUAUUAUAAACCAACCACAAAUCUCGAAUCAAACUGUUUUCGGCCAAAAUCAAAAUAUGGGACAAUCGUCUCAGAUUCAACAGACGACGAUCAAUAGACCUAUGCAAAUAGGACUCCAGGGAACCGGUAUUCAACAACAAACACUCAUAAGAACACAACAAGCUGUGCUCAGCUCCGACGGUCAACAGCUAUCACAGCAAAGAAUCGGGCUCGUGACGUCCCCGCUUAAUACGCAAGGCCGUAUCAUUCAAAGCGGUCGCACGCUUGUUAUAGAGCAGACCGGUGCUCCUCAACAGCAGCUCGUACGUCAAUUGUCCGGGAUUCAAGAAAGACCUCAAUCUGUGGUACAGUUCAGUCAGCAGCAGCUGGCGAACAUCAGAAAUGUUAUGCCGUCGGGCAAUCAAACCACACGCCCUCCUGGAUCGAGGCCGGCGAUGUCGCCGCUGCAUAUUCAGUCGCCUCAUUCUCAAUCUCCCCUCCAUACUUUGGCGCCGCAGUCGCCUUUACAUCAUAUGUCGUCGCCGAUGCAAUCCCCUCUGCACUCCCAGCAGUCGCCGUUGCAUCACACGUCUCAGUCGCCUCUGCAUUCGUCUACUCAGUCGCCGCUACACACCCAGCAAUCUCCGAUGCAUUCGCAGCAAUCUCCAAUGCACGUUCAGCAAACUUCAAAUCUCCCCCAGCAGAGUCCUCUGCAUCCGCAACAGAGUCCUAUGCAUCCCCAGCAAUCACCUAUACACCAACAAUCGCCGAUGCAUCAACAGAAUCAGAUGCAGACCCAACAUUCUCCGAUGCAUCAUCAGCAGAGUCCGAUGCAUCCACAACAGAGCCCGAUGCAUCCACAGCAAAGUCCAAUACAUCCACAACAGAGUCCGAUGCAUCCGCAGCAGAGUCCGAUGCACCCCCAACAGAGCCCCAUGCAUUCACAACAGUCGCCUAUGCACUUGCAACAGUCUCCUAUGUCUACGCAGCAAUCUCCAUUGCAAUCGGCGAUGUCGCCUCAACAAUUCUUACAACAACUUCAAGCUCAGAGGACGAGUCCGCAACUUCCUACACCGAGUCGCAGUCCUCAGAUAUACCAACAGUCACAAAUACAAAGUCCUGUGGCUUCGCACUCACCUCAGCUACAGAACACGGAUUAUCAUACUGGACGAUUUUCACGCCCUGUGCCAGGGUCUGGUUUGCCUACACGGUUUGCUCGUCCACCUCACCAUCAACAAGGUAUGCGUAUGGCAGGACCGUUUGGAAACCGACAGCAAACAUCUCCUCUAGGUAGCCCUCAGCCGCUACCUUCGCCUGGAAAUACAAAUAGCGAAAUAACUCGGCAGCAGAUGUUGCAACGUCAGCAGUAUAGCCCUAUGGGUGGAGCGCCGUCGUCGCCGUCCGUGUGCCGCUCGCCGCACGUGCGCACGCCGACACCCAGCGCCUCGCCCGCGGCUUCUCCCGCGCCCUCCGCGGCCGCCCAGCAGGAUCACGGCGGUGGACACAUGCACCACGCUGCACCUUUCCCACCCGGAUAUCGCUACUUUAAACCUGGCCUGUUUGGCGGUGCCCCCGUCUGGCCCAAGGAGGACGAGCGCCGCCGCCCGUCUCAUCUGAACAAGGUCUCUAUACUCAAAAGACGCACGCCGCCGCGUCCUCGUUUUGCUGGAAAAACUGCCGCCCCUCCUUCGGAAGAAGUCGGCGAAACGAGCGAUAACAGAAAGUAUGUGUUGUACUCUACCGACGGCGUUGAAUACACCGCGGCAGAUGACUCCGCUAGGAUGAGCUUCUCUAAGGAAGAAGACGAUGAGGAUAUCGACGAUUAUGUCGACCAAUUGGACGACGAUGAUAUAGUUGUCGUUGAACCGGGUGCGAUAUCUCCCGAGGAGCGUAUCGCUACCGAGGAAGAUUUUGAGGAACUGAUUGACAGUGGCAAGCCCGAAGACGAAGCCGAAGAAGAAAUAGCAUCCGACAAAACAGCGACACGAACUGAAACUACGACAAAGACUGUGGCAGUUAUUAGUUUGGCUCCCGCAACGCAACCUUCGGGUGGACAUCAGUACAAAAUUUUCAAUACUUCUCAAAGUUCAGCAUUGUCUCGCCUUCCAGUGCUGAGCGCUACAGUGUUAUCACCUCACACGAAUACUAAAAUCCUUAACGAGGUUUCUCAAGCUACAGUUGCUUCGGUAUCUAUUGCCAAUACUACUAUAUCUGUUCCAGUUCUAAAAAGCCUUUCAGUUCCAAUAGCUAAUGUCUCCGGGCACGGCAGUGGCAUUGCCAAAGCGCAAAUUAAAAAAGGACAGAACAACUUAAAUAGUUCUCAGUUAGCAGUAAACAUGUCUUCGCAACCCUUGCAAAAGCCAAUAAACUCUGUGAUAAGCGUUAUCUCGUCAAACGUACCGAAGGGUACAAAUUUAAAUCCAGUGAUAACACUAGCAACUUCUAACACCGCGGGUGGUGCUCCAAGAGUUCCAGUUACUAUUUUAACUCAACACCAAGUUAAGCAAAAAAUCGUUAAAACAAUAGAAAAACCAAUAAGUCUAUCUUUAUCGAAUACAAAGCUGGGAUUAUCCAUGACGCAUGAUGCUACUUUGCCAGCAAAAAUAUUCCAGGAUGAAGCUGCUUCUCCAGAUAGUACAGUGGUUUCAGAAAGUAACACAGAAAUUCACUGCUCAAAUGCAAGUACUUCACAGAAUUUAACAUCGAUAUCUUCGCGAGAACAAUUGAACAAAGGUAAACCUCAGAGGGAGACAAAAGAUAUCGAUAUAGAAAGUGAAAUCAGUCAACAAACUGAAUUACCACAUUCAUUAUGUUUAACGGAUCGAACACCCCUUCUAUUGGGAAAAGCUGAUAUUAAGAGUCCAGAUCCUGUGCCAGAAAAAAUUCCCGACAAUAUUAUGGAGGGAGAUGAUGAUGAUAAACCGGAUGAUAACUUGCAAAGUAACAAUGUCCUUCUGUCCUAUAACAAUAAGUCUUUACAAGAGCAAGUCUCUAAUAGUCCAUCACCAUCAAAGAGUAAAACAGAGGAAAAUGUUGUUAAAACUAUUAAAGCUAUAGCAAAUCAAACUAAAGAGAUGGUAAUCGAUUCUAAUAUGCAAAUAACUUCAGAUAUGACUCAAGAAUCGGUACAAAUAUCGAUACCAUCUCCGACACCAUCUCAAGAGCGAUACCUCAACGACAUAACCAUGCGCGAGCACCCGGAAACCGUUGAAGAAAAUACGAAGCAUGUAGAAUCAUUUGAAGAUAUGCUAUCUAUUUUCGAAAAUAUAACAGAUGAUGGAAAAACAUAUGGUGUUAAACAACAUAGUUUAAAAUCAUCAGGCGGUGUAAAUACAAACAUAAACGUUCCUAAUCUUGCCAAAAAAGAAACCAAAGAAGUCAAUGAACAAACAGCAUUUCCUGCAAGAGAUACUGAAAGACUGCAGUCAGCUACAGUGCCUCAACUGUCGCCACUAUCACAACCAACUGAACUCACAUCUAAUAUGGCUAAUGUAUCACAACAAGUAUGUACUAUUAUGUCUUCGCUUAAUAACAACGCUCCAAAAGUUGAAGCGCAGACUAUGAUGCGUAAGAAUAGUGAUUCCACAACUCCCACGCAAGUAAAUUUCGAGACACUACUACCGUCUUCAAAAGUUGAAGUUACUACUUCCCGUCCCUCUCCUGUUCAGAGAACAGAGAAACCUCAAAAUUCUGCACCUUCUUCGGAUGCGUUACCUAUAAGCGUUGCACAAAUCAUCAGUUCACGGAUGAAUACUCUUUCAAAUAUGGGACAAUUACGAAAAUCACCUAUCGUAUCGCCGAUAAGUUCUCCGGGAGGCAUACCAAACACGUUAAUGAAAUCUCCAGCACAGUCACCUUUGGUAUCAAUUCAGAAUUAUUCUGGUGACGAUUCUCAAAUGAUUAAUUCGAAGACAUCUCAAAUAAUUCAAAUGCCAGCUCUAUCAAAAAUACAAAAUAAUUCUUCAACUCCUAUGAUGCAUUCCAGCAAUACACUGAGUACAAGUAUAGGAGGAUUCCCUAAGGGACCAGGAAUAUCUACAAGUAUUUUAGGACAUACAUUGCUUCAACCUUCAAGACAAAUAAGCACGGCGAAUUUACAAUUUAAUCCACAAAGUAUUAGUUCAAGUCAACCUCCUGCAUUAGUUAUGACAUCCAGAUCAUUAAUAAACAAUAAAGAGCCGCCUCCCAACGUAACUGUACGCACUCACGGUAUCGUUACUCCAGGAAUAAGUCAAAUUCAAUCAAAACCAACGCAGGGAUCAAUCAACUUUAUAACGUCUUCAAAGUUACUGCAUACCCAAUUAAUUUCACCACUUAAAAGAUCUAAAUCAACAGAUGAACCUAAAAGUGAGGUUGUCGUUGGUCACAUCCAACCUGCUAAGCGACAUAGCGUUGAAUCUGUAAUUAUAAAAUCGGAGCCUAUGGAAACAGAUGAUCCUAAUCCUACAACUGCGACAGCCGAAACUUCGAAUAAUAAGCCUAUGCAACAACAGAAUCUCGCUAACCAAAAGAACGAUGAGACUCAAAAUGUUUUGUUAAAACAACUACUGCAAACAACAACUACGUCGGCGAGUGUUGUGCCUCAACGUACAGUAACUAUACAAAGAACAGCUCCUGCGCUUGGUACGAUACCAUCUUUAGAGGCCCAAUUAGCGAGACCGUCUAUACCGCCGCCAACCCUCCCCCAAGCCCUAACUCAAGAAGUGGAGAUACCGAAAAAUUCUCCUAGACAAAUAACUACGGUAAACUCUCCAUUCCCGAAUCGAUCAGUCCUUACAUCGGUUCCGACAUCUUCGAUGUCACCUUUGAUACAAACGUCAACACAAUCGUUAAUGGAUGUUAGGAAGCAACCUAUAAAGUUAAUAAACAAAGAAGAAACUACGCCAGUGCCCGAAUGCUCACCUAACAUGAAGUCGCUACCGCUUUACGCAAUGAACUAUGAACAUCAGCAAAUACAGCAAGCAAUAAAAAAGGAGGUUGCUCCUCCUCAACAGAGUCCCGUACAUAGACCCUUUACGCCAUUGGAUGUUAAGAAAGAGUUGCUCGAUGAAAGUUCACAGCAAUCAGCCACGUCUGGUAUUUCAACAGCAUCAGAUCAAGGUAAACUCGAUCAACCAAUGAAGGAGGAAUACCCAGAAAACGUUCAUAUAGAUAAUUCUUCCGAAAUUAAUCCUUCAGAAACGCCUUCCGAGGCCAAGAAAAGAAAGCGGCGAGAAUAUCAACAGAAAAAGCGUAAACAAAUGCAAAUGAAUAUGAAAGCCGCUGCCGAAAGUAAUAUGACUGCAGCUAACGCGAAAAAGCGUUUUCGUAAAGGUUCUAGGUAUGAGGAAGAUUAUGACAUGUUUAUUGAUAAUUUGAUGUCUGAACUGAGAACUUUGACACCGAUGCAGAUACAGGAACCUUCUCUCACUACUAAUUUCGCUGUUUGCCCUCUUUUUGGUUCAGGAGAUCUUACAAAGCUUAAAAAUAAAGACUACGACAUACUCAAAGGCGAUUUGGUUGGUGAAUUCGGCAAUGCGAAAAUUCCGAAUGUUGCAGAUUAUUACAAUACCAAACCAUUUGGUGAGGAGGAACCCCUCCCAGAAAAGCCACCAGCAUCAACACAAAGAGGGUUUUACGACCAAGAAUUUCAACCGAUUGUUUUUGAAGAAGAUCCAGAAGAGAAAAAGCUCGAGUUUAUUUGUAAGGAAAGAGACACUGAUACUCCAGACACAAUCGUUAGUUGUUCCAGUCCAGAGAGUUUCGAUAUCGAUCCUAACGACAGAUUCCCUGGUCUUAAACUUAUCGAUGACGACGAAGACGAGGAAGAGGAGGAACAACUACAGUCCGGUCGCGCAUCACCUAUUAUUCCAUUAAUAGCACCGAUUCCAAUUAGAGUUAAACCUUUAUCUCUCUAUCAAAUUAAGGAUGAGGAAGACACACAGAAAGCAUUGAAAUGUAUCGACACACCCUGUCCAUUGAAAACUAAGUCGGAAGAUUCUCCUGGUAGCACUGAUGGUAACGAAAAUGUCACAGUGACACUCACGCUUACAUCUGGUGCCGCCGAAGACAUACUAGGCGUUUUAAAGGAACUAGCCGGAAUAUUGCACAUACCACCUCCAACAUCAUAUCAAAUUAUUGAACGAACGGCGACUCCCCCAUCUCAUAAACUCGGAUUGUACAGAUCAAAGGGUAAGGACGGAAAGGAAGGAACUCCAAUAGAUAUUCAAAGUAUUCUCAACGGAGCGGCGAAGUUUUGCCGUCAUUGCGAUGUAGUUAUCUUAGAUUCCGUCGUCAGGGCGAAAGCAUCGGAGUUCCCGCUUCUGUCGGCAAACAAAGGAAACGCCGGAGAGAUACUAUGUGAUAGCGAUUCGGAAUUAUAUUUCUGCAGCACUCAAUGCUACGAACGAUUCGCUUGGCGACCGACAAACAUUAUUUUAGAUGGAAAGACUAAAGGCGGCAUCAAGGAGGAUACAAAAUCAGACGUAGAAAACAAUCUAUCGAAGGACAGAGACGACUUCGACACGGCUUCCACCGAAAGCAUGGAGACCGACGAUCUAGAUAUAAAACCGGAUAUUAAGGACGAAAAAAUGGACUUGUCGUUCAUCGACUCGCUCGACAACGACGAACUAAUGAAGGAGGUCGGCGACGACGUAAGCGCCCUAGACGAGGAUCUCAAGAGCGUGGAGCGCGACGACAGCGGCGACCGCGGGGACCGACCGGCGGAGAAGGAGAAAUUCAAGGGCGUGCGAUACAAGUCGUGGUACCCGGGCUGCAUCGGACCACCCUCCAAGUACAAGCGGCCCACGGACCGGGAGCUGACGGAGCUGGUGUUCCGCACGGGGGUGGCCAUAAUGCCGGUGACGACGGAGGACACGCGCAAGUGCGAGCUGUGCGGCGUGCAGGGGGACGGCGUGGGCGACGGCACGUCGCGUCUUCUCAACUGCGACGUGGACCGCUGGGUGCACCUCAAUUGCGCGCUGUGGUCGUCCGACGUGUACGAGACCGUGAGCGGCGCGCUUAUGAACGUGGACGGCGCGCUGGCGGCCGGCUGCACCGCCACCUGCGCCGCCUGCCGCCGCCUCGGAGCCACCGUGCGCUGCUUCAAGGUGCGGUGCGGCAACGUUUACCAUUUGGGCUGCGCGGUCAAGGACAACUGCGUCUUCCACAAGAACAAGACGGCUUAUUGUACUUCGCAUGCACCUAAGAACGAGAAAGACAACGAGCUGACGACGCUGAGCGUGCAGCGGCGCGUGUAUGUGUCGCGCGACGAGCAGCGGCAGGUGGCGUCGGUGAUGCUGCACUCCGACACCAACCACCUCAUCCGCGUCGGCGGACUCAUCUUCCUCAGCCCCGGCCACCUGCUGCCGCACCAGCUCGCGGCCUUCCACACACCCAACUACAUCUACCCGAUUGGAUAUAAGAUUGUGCGGUUCUACUGGUCGAUGCGGCGCGCCAACAGCCGCAGCCGCUACGUGUGCUGGAUCUCCGAGCUGGAGGGUCGGCCGCAGUUCCACGUGCGGCUGCAGGACGAGCCGCGGUACGAGGUCGCCGCGCCCACGCCGCGCGCCGCCUGGGCACAGGUUUUGGAUGCUGUGGCUACUUUACGGGAGAGUAAAUGCUCUGAAGGUGUAUUGAAAAUAUGGCCCAACUAUGUGACUGGGGAAGAUCUUUUUGGGUUGACUGAACCAGCAGUUGUUCGAGUUUUGGAGAGUUUACCCGGCAUAGAGACGUUGACAGACUACCGUUUCAAGUUCGGUCGGUCAGCGCUGCUCGAGGGCGGACUCGCAGUGAACCCGACUGGGUGCGCCCGCUGCGAGGGCCGCACGCGCGGGUGGCGUCGCGCGCCACGCCCCCUCCCCCUCGCCCCCGCCCCGCCCACACCCGCACCUGACUCCCCCGCCUGCCCAUACUCCAAACAGUUCGUCCACACUAAGAGCAGCCAGUACCGCAAGAUGAAACUCGAGUGGCGCAACAACGUCUAUCUAGCUAGAUCUAAGAUUCAAGGUCUCGGUCUAUACGCCGCCCGCGACCUGGAGAAGCACACCAUGGUGAUAGAGUACAUCGGGGAGAUUAUUCGGUCGGAGCUCUCUGAGAUACGCGAAAAACAAUACGAAGCUAAGAACCGCGGCAUCUACAUGUUCCGCCUGGACGAGCGGCGCGUGGUGGACGCGACGCUGAGCGGCGGCCUCGCGCGCUACAUCAACCACUCGUGCGCGCCCAACUGCGUCGCCGAGACCGUCGAGGUCGACCGCCAGGUGCGCAUCAUCAUCUUCGCCAAGCGCCGCAUCGCGCGCGGCGAGGAGCUGGCGUACGAUUACAAGUUUGACAUAGAAGACGACGCUCACAAGAUCAUGUGCAUGUGCGGCGCCCCCAACUGCCGCAAGUGGAUGAAUUAAACGCCACGUUGACGACUAAUGAACUCAACUCUAGGCGAAAGGUGUGAUAAUUGAAAUGAAAACGCUACCUUGUCGGACCUGGAGUAUUAGCGUUUGAUAUGAGCGCCCGCUUCUUACCAAAGCUGCACUAAUUUUCUCGCAAUUCACGACCCAUAGGCUAAUUUCGGGAGGCUAAGCGUUAAUACGUUUAUACAUAAUUGACUAUGUCUUAGCGUUGACAGUGAAUUGCCGGAGCCGAGUACGCGCUGAGAACUAUAUUUUUACUGUACAGAUUUAUAUUAAAUAAGCUGAUGCGUGAUGUAUUUCAAUAAGACAAUAUCCACAAAGUUUUAUGAGUAGAGAUCGAUUUAUAAUAUUUUUGGUGGCGCGACGCAGCGCCCCGUGUAAAUAGGUUAAGAGUUACGACUUUAUUAUAGAAAUCAUCGUUGUUAUCGAGUUUUACGUUUUAGAUGUGACCGUUUUGAGACUAUACGUAGAGUUAGGUGUAAUUUAAUUUUAGAUGUACUAUAUACAUGCGUUUUGUCGUCGCUAUUUUUUUUUAUUAAAAUUUUUAUAAUUCUUAUUGUUGCGCGGAAAUUUAUUUACUCGUUUUCUAUCGAACAUUCGCCGUAUAGUUUAGAUGUAAGUAGGCGGUCGCACGCCGCGACACAUUACCAGAAGGGUGCACAUUUAGUGGCAACUCUAUACCGUAUUGUGCCUGAUGACCUCAGAUCCAGCACUAAAGGUGCAGGAAUACAACGUGCUAGUAUUACAAUUUACAAUCAUAUCGUUACUAAUAUGACCGGACAGUAUAUAAGCAAUAGUUUUUGACCACAAUAGGUAAACAAAUUUCGACGUAUAUAAGAUGACCGCACGUUGCAACACCUGCACUUUUAACAGCCGUGAUCGCAGCCGACGUCGGACCCGAUGUGUGCGUCGGCUCGGGUCGGCCUCCGGUCGGGAUGUCGAUUCCACGUUCGUAGAGCUUGUAGGUUCGCGCGCACCGCUGCAGCACAUCAGUAGUACAGUAGUGUCGUAGAAUAUAGAUUAGGCAAGUACUGCAUUAUUUGAAAUCAUUUGUCAAAACAAUCGUUAGGUCAAACAGUCGUAAAUUAUUUUUAUUGGUCAAAAUAAUAUUAUGUGAUAUUUAUCUACCUUUUAUCGAAGCUAUUAAAAUAUGCAACAAGAAAUCUCAUGAAUUUCUAAGUUUAACUCCACUUACGUUUUAUUAAAUAACACUUUUGUUAACCAUUGAAACAUGAAUCUAGAGUAUCGAGCGGGCGCGCGAAUAGUUAUUGUAAGUAGGUAGUGUAAUUUAUGUACAAUGUAUAUUGAGACAUUGUUUCGCAAAGUCAAAUA